AACUCUCAAUACAAACGCGUCUUUGAGUCGCAGGGAUUGGCCAGAUCUGAGUUUGGGGUCUGCGCAGUGAAGCCGUGUAUAAAUCGAUCCUAAGAACCAUAAACCGCACAGGUACUCGCGCAGUCGCUGCAAAUGGCUGACGCACGAAUAACAACAACAGGAGGGAGCUGCCACCGCGCCCAUAGUCACAGUGUGUGAAUCUUGUCAUAGCCUAUAAGUAAGUCUUGUUAGUUUUGUCAGUGGUCAGUGUAUCAUCGACAAUCGACACCCGGUUCUCCGCGUUGUCUUUAAAAACAAUUAGGACCGGUUCGUUCGAGUAAUAUGAAUGAAAAAUAGACGAUCAACUGAACAAACUCAACUGUGAACAUACCUGAAUAAUCAGUCACGCGGAAUGAAACAAUGAUUGGUCUCUGGAUACUGGCUUCGUUGCUUGGCGGCAUCGCUCUUGCUCAGGAGGCUUACGACUACAAGGGAUGUUUCCGGAACCUGGAGGCCAAUCUGGACUUUCCAGUACUGGCAGUCAGUCAUCCAAGCUCGCCAUCCGAAUGUAUUCGGGAAUGCGGUUCCCGAUAUUACAUGUUUGCAGGUCUGAUGAACGACCAGCAAUGCUACUGUGGCAGCGAAUACGGAAGAAAUGGUCUUUCAUCAGGGUGCACCGUCUAUUGUGUAGCUGAGCCCACUGCCCUGUGCGGUUCACUUGACUCUGUAAGCGUUUACAGCACUGGGCAAAAAGGUCCAAGUCCACCAAGGCACAUCCAACUCAUCCGCAACGAGCCGGGAGCGCUUCAGAUAACCUGGGAGCCCCCGAACAUCCCGAAUGGUAAGCUGGUAGCUUACAACCUGCGAGCAGUCUCUUUGCAGACGUACGCCUCCGGUCCCCUGCCCCCCCUUGAAAGCCAGGUGGAGGGCGGUUUCGCGAACAUGACGACAAUGCGGGGUCUGCAGCCUGGCACGAAGUACAACGUGUCUAUAGUUGCGGUGAACACUCACGGUAGUGGAUCGGCGGCUUACUCCACAAACUGGACGCUAAUCGGCCCUCCGGACAAGCCGGGCACCCCGGUGAUCAUCAACAAGACAAACACUACGGUCACCGUUAUGCUAGCCAAGGGUUCGAGCGGAUCGGGCCCGGUGAGUCGGUACCAAGUGGUCGUCGUCAGGGCAGGAACGAUCCCACCGACGGACAGUGACGAGACUUAUCCAGGCUACGAAGAGUCCAGGGAGGAGGGCUUGGGCUACUACGUCGCCGGGCAGUUCGAAGCCGGUGACUACGAACGGUACAAGAACUUCACCGUCGGGGACGGCAGGAGGAAUGGUCGCUUCUACAAUGCACCGUUGGACAUGCGAUCUUCGAUGCCGCAGAUCGGGCUGGUUGUGACGUCUGAGAUCGGGGACGAGAAGAAGUACAGCUUUUCGGAGUUGACCAAUGCCGUUCCGGUGAGCCUGAAAGCCCCCAAGCCCAGAGGUUCCAGCGUGACUGUGGUCGUCCUCUAUGUGGCCAUCGUCCUCCUGGGGGUCCUGCUCCUCGCUUCCAUCCUGACCUACGUCAUCCUGCGGCGGCGGCACGCCAGGAGCCGGGCCAAGCACUCGUCCGAACAACAGGAGCUCACGCUUCAGGGGCCUAUUUGUGAGGUGGACAAUAUGGCGUACGUGCCUGAGGAUGUGCCCGAGCGGAAGAACCACUAUCAGGACUUGAAGAGCAAGGUGUGGAGCAUACCGAAGAACUUUCUGGUCAUCGACGCGGCCGUUGUUCGCCGUGGACGAUUUGGGUCCGUCCAUAUGGGUACGGUGCAGAUAAACGGUGCCCCGAAGACCGCCACGGUUCACACCAUAGCUGACGGCCUCCUCAGGGCCUCGGAGAAGAAGGCGAUGCUGAGGGAACUCGACGUUUGCAUAAGGGUGGGAAGCCACAUCAAUUUGGCGGGACUUAUCGGCACCUGUGAGACUCCUGAUUCGCUCUACGUCGUCAUCGAGAUGCCGCCGCAGACCCUGAAGAACCGAUUGCUUGCCGCGAGGUCCGGUGAUCCUCUACCUCCUAACCAGAUACUCUCCGUCGGUGUGUCCGUCGCCUCCGCGUUGCUUCACCUACAGAAUCACAAGAUCGUUCACACCUGUCUCUGUGCCAGGAGCGUCGGCCUCGAAAGCGACGGAACCCCGAAGCUGAUGGGACACGGGAUAGCGAAGUAUGCUCUUGAGGACAUCAAGUACAUCCGGUGGACGGCCCUAGAGCUCCUGAACAACGAGAAGAAGCACCAAGAGGGCGUCGUCUGGGCCUUCGGAGUCCUUUUGUGGGAGAUAUUCAGCAUGGGGGGGACACCUUACGCGCAUUUGGUCGGUGAUGACGAGGUCGAGAAUGCCAUCAGGCGACACGUCAGGCUACCUCAGCUCAGGGACAUGCCGGAUCCAUUUUACGAAGUGAUGCUGUCCUGCUGGAGCGCCAAUCGGGACGAAAGACCGACGUUCGAGGAACUCGUCAGAAUUGACACCCUAAGCGUCUGCCCGAUCACAUCUGUUACGGAACCUUACAUCCCGGAAUUGGAGCUGAAUUAGCAUUCGGUCGAUCAGUAUUUCGCUUCGCAUAGAUCUGCAUGAACCAUCUUUUAUCACAGUCCAAGGCCAAUCAACCCUGAACGAUUACUAUGCGUGGAACGUUUUCGUUCAAUGGCUAUUGAAAGAGAAAAAGUGAAAGAGCAUUUAAUGAAUCGUUUGUUCCUGUAGUCAGGAACGUUUUGAAUCCUCAUCAGUUAAAGCAUUUGUAUGUUUUUGCAUUCAGUAACGCGAGAAUAUUUGCCUCUAGAAUAGUUUUAACAAAGAAGCGUGUUGCGGCCUGCGUUUUAUACCAGAAGUAUAUUAAUAACUGAAUCUAUACAAGGUACCUUAAUUUGAGCUUUUAGUCGCGCUGGUUUGCCAAAACCAUUCCAUUGUUUCCAUUUGACGGAAGGGAAGAGAAUUAUUUUCUUAUUCUUUCUUUUCUUUGAAACAAAUAGAUCUGACUAAGCGAUGUCGCAUAUUGAUACCCAAGGUUGAUACACUGUACUUCACGAUUCCGUCCAAAUAAUACUGAUUCUUUGCAAUCAGUAUACGUAGAAUAAGUUGUAAGCUAGUUGAGAAAUUAUAUAUUUACUAUUGAAUCAUAGUGAAGUCUUAAUUAUUCGCACUUUUUAUUCGACUUUUUUAUUAUUAUUAUAAUUAUUAUUAUUAAUGUGAUUAUUUUGUGAGUUUUAUACAAUCUUUUUCGUAGCCAAAUACUCAUUUCACGAGCUGACAUAAUAAUAUGUAAUGCGAGAGAAUUCGCGAUUUGUACGCCUUAUACAUAGAAAAUAUUCGUUUUCACUACUAUACAAAACAUAUUAUACAUAAUUCAAAAUCGUAGACUUUUCCAACGCCACUAUACAUAUUGUAUAAUAGUUAUCGAUAAGAUUUAAUUUUUGAAUAUAUAUAUAUAUAUAUAUAUAU